UACCCUGCUCAUACGUCAAUGUGCCACGUUUAUAUGCUCGUGGUAUGUAGUUUCACGUGAUUAUCCAAUUUGUUACGUCUACGGCGUGAUUAUAUGUAAAAGUUAUACCAGCUAGUGUAUAACUCGGAUACUUCGUCAGCCAUGUCUUCCAUUAACAGCGUAGAGUCCCUUGGGACUCUACAAUGGGACAUGAUUGAGCUGGCCGGACACUUGCGCCAGGAACGUCUGUUUGUCAACUCGGAACAAUUGAAUCUCCAGUCUUUGAAUGAAAAGGUAUUAUACGUAUCCUCGGAUCUAGCACAGCAAGCAUGGGUGACAGAUCAGCAAAGAGUGAAUCUUAAUAAAUUAAUUGUGGCAAGACCAGACAGUACACCAGCUUCGUGUUGUCAGCGUGCAAAUACUCUAGAAAAUUCAAAUUUCAUCGAUGCUUAUAAGCACCUUCGAUACCAGGCGUGUUUGGCGUAUGGUGAAUUUUUGGGCUCCUUGCGAAAAUCGCCAAAACUAUUGGCAGCUUGUCUCGUAGAAGGUGACAAACUAGUACCAGAGACAAUGCAGACAAUAAUCCAGUCAUUAUCAGCGGGCCUGUACGGGAGUUGCCUCUUGCCCGAGGACAAAAUGUUCGUUUUAAGAUUACUGAGGGAAUUGAUGCUUUUGCAAAUAAUACCAUCCGAUAAUCCGCGUAGAUUAUUGAGACACGGAACUUGCGCAUUUUCACGGUUCUAUUCGGUAUUCCACGAGAGUUUGUUCUCGGCGAAACUGUUUCUCACCGCUGCUUUGCACGGUCCGAUAACACAAUUACUCAUGGAAGACGAGAUGUUUCUUGACAUCGAUCCGGACAAAGCACCGAUACGUUUUCCGCCUGCUGAGAGAAUGAAAAAAUUCGGCAAAGAGGGAACUUCGGAGUAUCACUCGAAGCUUCAACGCUACAGACUUUGGACGGUUAAUUCGUUGGUGCGAAUCGCACAGAGAUUCAUCGUUAGUAUACGGGAAAGCAUGCAUUGCUUUCCAACAAGCGUUUGUUGGCUGGUCCGACAAAUGGCAGGAUUAUUGGCCAAAAAUGGUAACGUCGACCGCAAAGAAGUUCACGCUAUGUGCACCGAUCUCGUUUUCACUUAUUUCAUAUGCCCGGCAAUCGUGAAUCCCGAACCGUACGGGAUCACCGACGCUCCUAUAAGUUACGUCGCGAGGUUUAAUCUCAUGCAAGUCGGCCAAAUUUUACAAAUGCUCUCUUUAAUCAAAUACCAAACUAUCGACGCUAAAGUCAUGGACCUUUAUCGUCGUUUCGAGAAAGAUUCGGUCUCCUCAAUAUUGGACACCAUGCUCGAGGGUGUCAACGAUGAGCUUGAUGACGAACCAACAAUUAUAGAUAACAGCAAGCUACAAGGCCUCUGUAGAUCCGCUGGAUUAUUCACCGAAAACGAGCUCAAUGCUUUAAUCACUUUUCUGCAAGCUGUAAACAAUCGUAAGGAAUUGUCUGAUCUACUCGUACAUUUGCCACCCGGAUCUGUAAGUGCGAACAAAAUCCCUAAUCAUCGAUCUGCGGAAACACCAAGCAAACGGGGUGGAUUGUUGGGGAAAGUGAGCCGUGCUCGUGGCAAUAGAAUUUCGGCGUCGUCCUCGUCGGGUGCGACGACUGAUGGAGCUGACGAGACGAACGGCGCGUCAGGUCCCGAAGAUGAUACUCAAGACAAACUCCACGACGUACUCGUAAUUCCGUUUGGUCCAGUUAUCGGAGAAUCCGUAGGACUCCUCAGUGAACAAAAAGUUCUUUGUAUGGGAAUACAAGACAACAUCGGUGCGGAGGCGGUGACGCACAAUCUCGCUGCUGAUUUGCCGAACGGUCAUGCCAGCCGAGAAGGUGGCAAUGUUGAUCGUAUCGAGACCCACGAGAAAAGAACACGAUUUUCACUUUCUCACGACGAGGUCCUGUUCGAAGGUUCGAUCGGAAAUACAUCGGACAACCUCGAGGCCGUUUCAGAAGCUGCCUCGAAUCACAGCGUUGCGUCGUCGUUGGAGCUCGAAACCGAGGAUCAAAAUGACAAUUUGUCGGACAUGGUGUCCGCCAACGUUUCAGGACGAGGUACACCAAAUAUAUCUGGUCGUGAUACCCCGUCCUCGCAAAUAACCGAAGGUGACGACGGUCGGGCUGCAGGUGAAGCGAGACAAUUGGAUCUUGCACCACCUACCAUAACGGCCAAACAGACACGUUCUGAAAUUGAUGAUAAAUUUUGCAAAUUCGAGAUUAAAAAACUUAUCGAAGGUGAUGAAACCGUCUCGUUGGUAUCCGACACUUGGUCCACUGAUGUUCUCGCGUCUGACAGCGAAACGGUCGAGCAACAGGAGCGUUUUUCGUUUCCUCCGCCUCCGCUCGAGCCCGCGCAGCCUGUAUUGCCCUCCGAACCUUCGCAGAGUAAUCUCGAUGUUAGUGAAACAGCUUCCGAGGCAUGGAGUAUGGACGUACUUGCCAGUGAUUCGGAAAGAUUGACUGAAGUCGAUACCGACGACACAGCAAGCGUUGCGAGAUCCGAUGACACGGCACGUUCAGAAAUUGAAGUUGAAAGUCGUGGUGAGCCCGAAGGUGGAGAAGAGACUCCACCACCAGCUAAUUUACCUGUCGGAUCGGUCGUUGACGGUGCAGGAACAAUAUUUCGACCAAUACGCGGCGAGCCCAUUGGUCGUUCAGCGAAUGCAGUAUUAUCUUCGCCAACGGCAUCACUUUCACCUUCAAAUGUGACCGGACGGGGUGGAACGAGAUCCGAUUAUCGUCAAAGCACUCGUGAUUUUGUUGCCAACAAUGCGAUGGGGCCGCACAACAACAAUACGGAGUAUGGGAAACCCGGAGGGGAUGAGAAACUGGUACAUUUGAUAGAUAAACUGCAUAUCGAUAAUGGCCAGAGCAAUAAUGGUGAAUGCCAGAGCACUAUUAAUCACAUCGGAGCAGUUGCUGUGGCUCCUGCAUUGCUGUUAGCCAAUCACAUUUCGGCCCCUGUCCUACCCACUGACAAGUUGGUCAAUGGCGAUGCGAAGCCAGAGGAACUCGAGCAAGGUAUUGCUAGCAGCAGCGAAAUAAUCGUGAGAUUGAGUACAGCGAGCCUCACAUCGAGCAGUAGUUCAGGGUCAGAACCAAGAACGAAAAAUGUCACUUCAACUCCAGAAUUGCCACUGGGACAACCAAUUGUAAAUGGUGAUUGUGAUAUUACGGACAGUGGUGCGUCGUCUUUCUCAAAGCCGAGCACGUCUACGGGAGCAAUUCCCAAAAGCAUAAGUUUCGAUAUUUCCGCCGCGCGUGGCGACAAAGAUUUGCUCGAUGAUGACCAAAAAAACAAACGUGGCUUUUUCGGCAAAUUGAAAAUGUCAUUGCGCAAUCGUCGCGGCAAAUCACUUCGUGGCACUGACGACCUUGGUCGAUGUUACGAGCGAGAUGCUAGUGGCGACUGUUCUGAUGUUGCGAGACACCGACUUCGUAGAAUUAUGUCCGAGGAUACAACUUCGACUGCGAGUAUGAAUAGUGUCGAUAGCACAGACGACAUUCUCGCUAAAUACCGCAGGAAGCCGAGUGCGACGAGCGAUACUGCAUCUGUGGAAAGCAGCCAGUCGCGGACGAAAGAAGCUGAAGACGAGAGACUUCUCAUAGAUCCAAACAACGUUGAAAUGUCAUUCGCUUUUGUCGAUGCCAAACGGAAACUUCGAAUGGUUCUCAGCACCGCUGACCUCCAACACAUUCCCUUGAGCGCUUCGCCGGAGCGAAAUACAUGGUUUCAAAAGGAAAAUGAAUUGGUGGCGUUUCUGCAACUUCAAUUGGCCGAAGCUAUUAAUUUGCAAGAUCGAGCUUUGAUAGCUCACCUUCAUGAAACUCUUCGAUGUGUGAGGCUUUUCAACGACGAUGGUUGUCGAAAGCUUUUCAGAUCACUGCGAGACGAUUAUCAAAAGAGAUCGCCUUACAUCGCAUAUUUGAUACGUUGUCGACAAGGUUUACUAUCGACUUUGGCUCAUCUCGACAGAUUGGGCGAACGUGUAAAAUGCGAUCGCGACGCGGUGAACAGUCAUUUAGUAGCGGUAUGCGUGAGAGUAUUUUUGGAAAAGCGUGAAUCGCACGUUUUGUCUUUUUGCGACGAAUUCAAGAAGCUGACGUUGACGGAUGAAAAGCAGGAUUUGGUUGAUAAUUUUUUGAGCAAAAUUCAUACCGAAAUGGAGAGUGAUUCCAUAUGGCAAGCUGCAAGCGACAGCCAACUGGAAUUGGCAAGGGUGGUAGUGGAGCAAACAGUGAUGGCCCGAGUUUAUCACAACGCUUUGUAUCCGAACGGUGAUGGUGACAUUUAUCGCGAUCAAUUGCUCAAUGAUCAUAUAAAGAGGCUUGCCAAAAUCAUAACGCCAAAUCACAAGGAUUUGAGAAUCCCCAAGAUCUAUCAUUACGAAUGUCCCUGGCCAUGGGCUCAAGCCGAAUUGGCCGUUAUAUCGGCUUACAAAACACCCAGAGACAAAUUACAGUGUGUUUUUCGAUGCGCUACUACCAUCAUGAAUUUAUUAUCCAUGGCUUCGGAGAGAGGAAUACCCACAGCAGAUGAUAUGAUACCUGUUCUCGUAUACGUCAUCAUUAAGACGAACCCACCAUCGCUGCUCUCGACGAUCCAAUACGUGGAUAGUUUUUAUGGAAAUCGUUUGGAGGGCGAAGAACAAUAUUGGUGGACCCAAUUCUGCUCGGCGAUAGAAUUCAUAAAAACGAUGGAUUGAAACGAUAGGAUGGAGUUGCUUACUGGAAACAAUGGAGAGAAAAAUUUCCCAGAUAACAUUCGCGCAUUCAAGAAUAUGCGACACAAGAAUCGAUCUUUGCGUGUAUGAAGAAUCGUGAAACUUCAUCAUGAAAAUAAUUGAGCAGAGAAGGAUGCCUUGAUUGUAAAAAUAUGCAAAAGCAGAUCGAGGAGUUUCAAGGGCACACCAAAAAAGGACACACAAUCACACGUACACACGCAUUUCCAUAGAACAGUAUUUCGAAGGCGUAAAGCGAAUAGAAUUAUUCGUAGCUUUAAUUGUGUUGAAUGAUAGCAGAGAAAAAAACGGAGGAAAAACCUCAGUGAAAUCGAGUACACAAGUUACGAGCGAGCUUAUGCAACGAAGCAUGAAAAUUGGGCAGGUCCAAUGUCCAAUUAAAUAAAAAACAAAAAAACGUAAAGUAAUGACGUAAUCGUCAGGUAUUAAUUCGUGGGUGCAGAAUUCCCGAUCUCGAGUCUCGAAUCUUGAACGAGCGCUGUCGUCUCAAACCGCGUACGAAUAUUUUCCCCGCGUAUCCAACGUCGUAACAUUUGCGGAUAAACGCAAUUGUAAGAGUCUAUGUUGGUAAGUGAAACUUCGGGAAUCAUCCGAAACGUAAACGAAUGUAGGGAAGAACUAGGAAAAGCAACAAAAGUCGAUAAAUACUCUCCGUACAAUACGUGCGCAUAAUAACAUGAUCCCAAAAUAUUUUGCAAUAUAUAUUUUUUUAGUCGGAAGAAAACAAAAAUGAUAAUACUGUCUUUGAGAUAUAAUAGUUUAGGGUAUCGCACAGUACUUCACAGUAAAAAAAAAAAAAAAAAAAUACAAAUGGGAAAAAUAAUUUGCACAAUAUAGGAGAAGAAUUACCAAUGCCUGGCACUAUUCGGUUUAAGGGCACUGUGUGACAUAGUUCGGCUCAUUCGGCUGUGCUUUACGGGAUAGGAAUCUGUACCUAUUUAAUUUUAAAGUAUACACGAAUUACGAUUUCGAUGGGAAAAAGGAGGUAAAGGGUACGGGCGAAGACCCUGGAUGGAAGAUGGAUUCAAGCAAAUAUUUAUAGAAAGAUUUAUUUUUUGUUCAGAUACCCUAUGAAGACAGCAUAUUUUUAGCUUGUACCGACGUUUCUUUUUGUCUGUUUUUUUUUGUACAUUUGUUGAUUAAGUAGCACUUCGUCAGUAGAAAAUAAUAAAGUUUACUAGAAAAUAUGCAGUGAUAGAAAGUAUUCUUCAUGAAAAAUUCGACUUGAUAAGCGCGACGAAAAUAAGGAAUAUGUAACAUCGCUCAUUUCGUCGUACGAAUACGAGAUUGUGAUUCGCGAGGUGAAAACGACAAUCUGAAAUAACUUCAGAAGUAUACAACGCGUAAUGGAGUUAAUGAUUUUCAAAAGCAAUACAAUUUGUUGGAAUGCCUCCAUUCCACGAUGUUCGCCAUCCAUUAUAUAAACUCAUCGUAAAAUCGUUAUGCGUCUAAUGUUUUUUUGUUACAAUCUAAUUAUAAUAUGAACUGGAGAAUUUAUCAUCGACGGUUAUAAAUUGUUUCACAUACGUACAACACACAAACACUUGCACGAUCAUAGAGAAUGGAGAACUUUCGUCGAACAUGUAGAGUUAUGUGAAAUAAUUAACGUUACCCGUAUUUAUUGAUUUAAUAAUUCACGUGUACGUAAAAAACAUAUAGAUAUGUAUAUAUAUAUAAUUUUUUUUCUGCCUUCUCUCAUAUCAGAUAACACUUUUAUUUAAUUUUCGAGAGCUGAAAUAUAUUUUCGCGAUAUACAAUUAUAUUCCUUUAAUGAAAUUUCGAUGAUUGUUAUCACAUUGCUUUUUUAAAGAUAUUUUUAAUUUUUACGGUUUUUGAAAAUAUAUGUAUCUUCUGUAAACUUCUGAUUCAUGGUAUUGACUUCAUGUUUGGGAAGUCCAAAAUCUUUUUAAUAUGGAACAGAUAAAUAAUGAUUUUUUAAGCGUGAAUAACGAAAUCCGCCAAUGGGAAUUUAGUAUUAGCACAUGAAAAAGUAGUUCUAAAUACCACUGUUUCUUUUUUUGAGAUACGUUGCUCAGCGACUUUAAUGUCAAAUGUCUCGAUUUGAUGACCAAUCGCAUCGUUGACAAAAUUCUGUUUUUCUUCAAAUGCAUAGUAUUUUUGCUAUAGAAUAUUUGUAGAUUGUCACAGAUAAUUAGUUGAACAGUGUAAACUCAUCAUAAAUGCUUAAUAAACUGGUUUACAGAUUUUCCAUAA